CAGACAGCAGCCUGAGAUGGGGAUUCCUGGACUCCUGCAGUUCAUUAGAGAUGCAUCAGAGCCCAUCAAUGUGAAAAAGUAUAAAGGUCAGAUGGUGGCUGUGGACACUUACUGCUGGCUGCAUAAAGGAGCAUUUUCAUGUGCCGAGAAGCUCGCUAAAGGAGAACCAACAGAUCAGUAUGUCUGGUACUGUAUGAAAUUUGUGGACAUGCUGCUCACAUUUAGCAUCAAACCAAUAUUAGUGUUUGAUGGACGUAACCUGCCUUCCAAACAAGAAGUGGAAAAGUCUCGCAGAGAACGUCGAGAAGCCAACCUUCAGAAAGGACGUCAGCUGCUCCGUGAAGGCAAGCUCUCAGAAGCAAGAGAAUGUUUUACCCGCUGCGUUAACAUAACCCCAGCCAUGGCUCAUAACCUUAUAAAGGCUGCCAGAGCGAGAGGAGUGGACUGUAUUGUGGCUCCACAUGAGGCUGAUGCACAGCUCGCGUACCUUACUAAAUCUGGUUUGGCCCAGGUGGUCAUCACGGAGGAUUCUGACCUGCUGGCAUUUGGAUGUAAAAAGGUUAUCCUCAAAAUGGACAAGCAUGGCAAUGGCCUGGAGAUAGACCAGAGUCAUUUAGGUCGCUGUCGCUCUCUGGGGAAUGUUUUCACUGAGGAGAAGUUUCGCUACAUGUGCAUCAUUUCUGGCUGUGACUAUCUGCCCUCAUUGCAUGGCAUUGGCCUGGGCAAGGCCUGUAAGCUUCUGCGGUUGGCAAAAGACCCCGAUAUUCUCAAGGUGAUAAGAAAGAUGGGUCAGUACCUGAAGAUGGAUCUUGUGGUGCCUGAAGAGUAUAUAGCAGGAUUUGUUAAGGCAAACAACACCUUCCUCUAUCAGCUGGUCUUUGAUCCUCUCAGGAGAAAGGUUGUUCCUCUAAACCCAUAUCCAGAACACCUGGAUCCAGCAACCCUCGGAUAUGCAGGACUUAAUGUUGGGGAUGAUAGAGGCUUGCAGAUGGCCUUGGGAAACCUUGACAUCAACACCAUGGAAAGGAUAGAUGACUUCUGCCCAGACAAACCCAUGAAACUGCCAUCUAAACCACGUUCCCACAGCUGGAACGACUCACCAGCCUCUUCUGGGCCCAGUAUCUGGAGCACAGGCUUCAAGCCGAAUGCUGCCACCCCACCCCAGCCUGCUGUCUCACCAAACAAGGUUCCUUCCACUAGGGGGAAGGAGAGAGUCAUCAGCCUGGAUGGCCUGAGGCUUCCCAGCCAAGAACUGCAGGUGAAAAGACCAAGGGAAGACUCUAGCAUGUCAGACCUGGAGGUGCUUGAGCAAUACUCUCCUAUCAAUCAAAAGCGAUUGAGGUCAGACCAGCAGCCACAUAAGCCAAAGUUAACGAGUAGGCUGCGUCCGCAAAAUUGUUUUUCUACACUGCUGCAGAGGAGAAAUCAGGAAGCUGAGGAUGGUGACCAGGUCACGUACAGCAGAUUCUUCAUCAGUUCCUCUUCAGCAGCCAGUCUGAACACCACAGAGCCUUCUCUGGAGGUUUUACCUCAGUGUGUGGAACCCACAACUGUGGCUCACACCCAGGUCUUCUGCCGCUCCAGCAUACAGACCAGUGAGAGCAACAGUCCUGAUACCCUGAGCCCUCCACCAUCGCCCAGCGUCUUGCCUCCCUGCUUGCGUAAUAAGGGUCUCCGGGUAUUUCAUUGGUCAGAUUCUCCCACCUCAGACAGAUCAUCAGGAAAACCAAAGCUUUCAACAGGCCUGGCUGCCCUGCAACAGUUUCAGUUCCAAAAAGAAAACCAGAGACUGCCUGGAUCUGCACCAUCCUCAUCUCUGUCCUCCACCGAUGAAAACUUGGAGGACGACCACCCAGACUCCCCUCCUUCCCAGGACAGCGCCUACUUCUCUCAGUCUCAGGCCAUCCUCGCUUCCUGCCACAGCGUCCCAGCAGACCACCUCCCCUCAUCAUCAGCUGGUUCUCAAGAGGACGCUGUGUCUGAAAUUCAUUCAAACAAUGAUUCAGAGUCCAAUUGGAGCCCGAAACAGACAAAACAAAAAAGCACCACAGGUAGAGUGAAGGCUGCAGGUCUUUCCAGGCUGAAGUCCAUCAGGGACAGUUCAGCAGGGCCUGCCCAAAAACUGGGCCCAGCCAGGGCCAGUGGACUGAGGAAAAAGCCUGAGUGUUCUGGAAAGAAGGCCUCCAGUCCAAAUAAUGAGAACAAUCCUGGUGUCCAGGCCACCAUCAGCAGCCUGUGGAAGAACUUUGGAUUUAAAAAAGAUGCUCAGAGGAUGAGUGCAUGUAAGAAAGGAGAGCCCAUGUCUCCAAUCACAGACAGUCUGCAGGUCAGCACACCUCAGAUGGACAAAAACUUGAUUGCCAGCUUCUGAAGAAUGAUUUCACAGAGGGCUCAGUCUCCUCUGUGUAGGACCAAAGAUUUUAAACAUACUGUGUAUGUUCCAGAUUUCUCAGAAAUCUGCAUUUUUAUAAAAGUGUAAUUU